GAGCAGGCACGCGGGGCCCUCCUGGCCGAGGAGAUCGACUGCACCGAGGAGGAGAUGCUGCUCUUUGCUGCCCUCCAGUACCAGAUAGAUGGGGCAGAGGGGGGGUGAUGGGGACCCCAAGGGCCCCCUUGAGCCCCAGGACCUGGACACAGCCCUGGACAAACUGGAGCUAAGCCUGGAGGGGCAAGGGACCACCAUGCUGCCAGAGGAGCUUGGAGCUGCCCCUGAGCUGGUGGAGGAGCUGGAGAUCUACAGGUCCUCCCGCUGGCCGUUCUGGGGGUCCCGACCUGCCCGGGCCGUGCUCUCGGGGUCAUCACUGUCACUCUGGAGCCUCCCGAGAUCGGGGGGGCCCCCACAGCAGCUCAACCUCCGUGGCUGUGAGGUGACCCCCGACAUGGAUUUGGGGGCGCAGAAAUUUUGCAUCAAACUGCGGGUGCCGACACCGGAGGGGAUGAGCGAGACCCUCCUGCGCUGCCGUGAU